AUGAAAAGAACAUACUCUCCAGGAACUUCUCCAGUCAGGUAUUCGGGGAUUUCUGAUCUGUCCAACAGUCCAUCCGGCAAAAAAAUUCUCCUGUCAGGCCCUGCAAACAAAGAAUGGACGAUUCACCUUAAAAGAAGGGCCGGCAUUUGUUAUUCGAAAACCGAACCGAUGGAUAACCAAUCUGAACCGAUCGAUAACCGAAAAAAAUUUCAGUUGGGUUUCCGUUAUGGCAUAUGGCAUUACCGACAUCCUAUUCAUAUGGACUUACCGUACCACUUGGCGAGCUCCUCGUCGGCUGGGGUGACCGGCUUAGAUUUGGGUGGCGCCGCCUUCUUUUUCGAGCCGAAAAGUGCCAGUGUUUUGAAGCUGGUGGUGGGGAUCCACACACCACUCGACCUGGAGCUCAAGCUCAGGGUCGUGUUUUGUCGGGAUCUGCAUUGUUUGUACAACCUCGAGCUUAUCGUCUUCCACUCGCCAAGCAAUAGCCAGGUCACGGAAAGAAGUAGUCAAACAAAUUUUAUACAGAACACGACAUCAACUAUGAUUCAACUUUUGAGCUUAUUUUCUGAACCUGGGGACUGUCUUCUUUCAUACACUGAUCAGAGUUCAAUUUUGUUGAAGAUGAACUCAAAACAGAGUAUGCAUAUUACAGAAGUCACUCAGACAAAAUAA